AUCCACCACAUGUCAUUAUGUACAUGUUUUUGUACACAAUUAUGUGCCACAAGUAUUUUCUAUUAUAUAUAUGAAACCAAGCUCUACAACACUCACAUUGGUGCAUCUACCAGUGAAGUAAAACUACUGAAUCCCUUGCCCUCGGAUCGAUUUUUUGAAUCAAGGCCUCGAAUAUGGAUGAAGAAGAAAUAUGGAAAUGCAAAUCACACCCUUCCUCGAUUAACCGCACCGGAAUAUGCCCCACCUGUCUCCGCAACCGCCUCGUCGAUCUCUGUCCCAACUGUGCCUCCCUCCUCCCCUGCCUCACCUGCCCUCCGCCUCACUCUUCCAGCUGCCACAUUGCUUCCUCCGACUCUCUUCGUAACCUGAUCGACAACGAGCCCUCCAUCAAACGAUCAACAUCAUUGGUCAUUCCCAUUCUACGAACAAGUUCGAGGUUUAGUAGUGAUCACAAGUCCCCCGCAUCUGCUAGACGUGCAAAAUCUAUUUUCUUGUCGUUAUUUAGAGGCAAGAAAGGAGAGAAUGAAGAGGCGAAAACGAAUAAGGUGAGUGAUGAUUAUGCGGAGAUGAUGAGGAGAUCGAGAUCGGUGGGUGUUAAGAUGCCGGUGGAGGCAGCAAGGGGACGCGGAUGGUCUUUUCCGAGUCCGAUCAAGGCUUUUAGGCAGACGAAAACGUCUAGAGUUGUGCAAGAAAGAUCACCUAUGCACAAUGGUUAACUUGUAUCUUUAUUAAUAGUAGACAGUAUAGUUGUGCUUUUUUUGUUUCCAGUAGCAUGUCUUGUGAAGGCUCCUAUGUCAAUUCACAGUAUUAUGAUGUUCUGUAUAUGAUAGUCGCUUAUUACAAGUUCAA